AUGACUAUGUCUUCUUUUCGGUACAAUUCAAGUACGAAUCCUUCCAUCGUUCUCAAAGGACUAGAAUCUCUACUGGAUCUCGAAGAACUUUGUGAUGUAACACUUCUUACAGAAGAUGGGAUGUCAAUAUCAGCGCAUCGUAAUAUUCUGUCCGUGGGAAGUCCUUACUUCAGGGCCAUGUUUACUGGGAAAUUAAAAGAGAGUAAAAACGAAAACAUCACUUUAAAGGGAGUGACUGGCUGGGCUUUACGAUCUAUAAUUCGAUUCAUGUACUGCUCUUCUUUGGACGUCGAUGAAACCAAUGUGGACGACAUUCUCAGUGCGUCGGAUUUGUUUCAAAUGAAAGAGAUAAAGAAUGUUUGUUGUCAGUUUCUUAAAGAACAACUCCAUCCUUCAAAUUGCCUCGGUAUAGCUGCGCUUGCUGGUGGAUUCUCGUGCGAGGAACUGUGGAGCGAGGCCCGAAGAUAUGCGGUGAAACAUUUUACUGACGUAAUAAAAUGUGACGAGUUCAAAGAGCUCCCCAUAGACACUCUUAAACAAUUGUUGUUGGAUGAGAAUGUUUGCAUUCGGUCAGAGGAAGAUGUAUUCAACGCAGCUAUUGAGUGGAUUGCAGAAUCUGUAGACCGUCUGAAGUAUUCGGCCGAAGUUCUAAGCUGUGUCCGACUUCCUGUGUUAUCUCCUUCGUUCCUGAAUUCACAAGUUCUCAGCAAUGAAUUGCUGUCAAAUGAUCCUGAAUGUAAGCAGUUGUUCAAAGAAGCACUUACUUAUGCUUCUUCUCCUACUUCAGAAAAACGUAAGCACUCUUCAGCCACAAAGAUGCAGCCUCGCAUUCCCUCAGGAUUUGGUGAUGUCCUUGUUGCCGUUGGUGGUCUCCACCUUGGUGUUCCUGUGGCAUCUGGAGAAAGGUACAACUUGUACACUGAUGAAUGGAUCCCAAUCGAGGACAUGCCCACAUUCCGUUAUGGUGUUGCAGUCGCCCAACUUCAUGGGCAGAUUUAUUGUCUCGGUGGUUUUGAAAAUGGAAGAUUCCUGAGUACUGUUGAAAGUUAUGAUCCCGAGGAAAAUGAAUGGACAAUUCGAGCUCCAAUGCUUGUGUCAAGAAAAUAUUUUGGUGCAACUUGUCUCGGUGGUAAAAUCUAUGCCUUGGGCGGCUCUAACAGUCAACGACGACUCAAAAGUGUUGAGUGUUUUGAUCCAUAUGAAAAUCAGUGGUCCUUUGUGGCCCCAAUGUCGAGUCCUAGAAUGUACUUGGGUGUGGGCGCUCUGGGUGGACUGCUGUAUGCUGUGGGAGGCCAUGAUGGUAUCUUGCGGCUGAGCACAGUGGAGUGCUAUGACCCCCAGACAAAUGAAUGGAGCUAUGUGACAUCCAUGGGUAAGCUCAUUGGAAGGUUUGCUUGUAUGCCUGCUUUCUGUGAAAUGUUGAUAUUUUCACUUCCAAAUCAUAUUAAUUAUUUGUGUGUGUGUGUUGCUAAAGCUUUAAGUUGAGCUUGUUUCAUUCAUCGUCUCAAUAAAAUCAUCAUUUCCAUAAAGACAUGCACAAGUUUGAAGUGACUAUGGACUUUUUUUAUUAAUGAUAGCUGAAUUUAAUAAUAUUCUUAAUAAUGGCAUUACUGUUCAGGGCUAUCAAAAAGUUGUCAAGUAGCAGGCUGAUAAUGAAUAGUAGGUGGCUUUGGAACUCGCACCAAAGGCACAAGUUCUUAAGGGCCGAGGCAUCUAGGGACAUUUUGAAAUUUAGAGUCUCAGAAAUGUCAUUUCCAGGGGGUUGAAGAGGUAUUUUCCACCGCGGAUGCCAUGUUGUUUCAUCAGAAUACACGCAACUGAUGUUUUACAAUUUUAUUCGAUGGUGCUUAUUUUUUUGUUAGCAGUUUUGGUAGAUGGAGAUUAAAGUAGCCUGCUAAGGAUGGCUAACUAGCCAGCAGUUUUGGCCAGUUACCAGCCCUUAUUGACAGCCCUGAUUGUUUAUAUUUUUGAUAUUAAUUAAUCUACCCCACUAGCCUGGUUAGGAUGUGCAAAAUACCAAAUAAUCUGUGCUCCAAAAUGAGGCGAGUAGGUCUGAUAAAGACAUUCGGAACAAAAGCAAAAAAGGAAUGAUAAAUGGACUGCCAUUUAUUUCAAAAAAUUAAUGUUGGCUUAUGCUUUCAUUUAGUAAAUUUAUUGUCUGGAAGGGAAAAUCUUGUUUAGGUUAUUUUACCAAUAUUCAACCAAGGUUAUUAGGGUUAGAACCCUGGAAAAAUCUAGCCCCAAUAGGUUGAAUACUGGUUUAGUAUGUAAUUUACUUAAUCUGUAAUAAGUCACCAUUGGUAGAAUCCCAUGUAAGGGUUGUUCUUGGUGGUCCUAAAAUCAGUUCCAAGGAUCAAUACAGUACAAGUUUUACCAGUUGAGAUUCCUGCAUGUUAUGUUCAGUUUGCAAUUUUUUUAUGAGUAACAGUAUAAACUAUGAGGGUACAAGUAGUUGCUGCAAGCCUUCAGGUGAGCAGGACAGUAAUCUUUUGGUGACCUGUGGUUAUUUAGGUGUCCUGUUGCUAUGUAUGCAUUUCAAUAUGAUUUUAUGUUUGUCUGAAUGGUUUUUAGCAAAGAUGUCCAACGGUGUCAUCAUAACUUAAUUCCAAAUUGUAGCAUUCUUAUUGCAUCAUUCUAAUAAUUAGAAUGAUACAAUAAGAAUGUUACUUUAAGUUAAACACACUGUGGCAUCAUCUGGGCAAACAGUUUCAAAUGACUUUAGCUGACCCAAACAACAACAAAACUUGAUAAGCAGAUAAUAUAACAGAAGCCCUGCCCACAGCUAAACAUUCAGCAGGAGUGAUGUAUUAUCAGGUUUGAAAACUCGAGGCAAAGCGGAGGGUUUUUACACCUGAUAGUACACUCCUGUGAGUUUUUUGAACGGCUUCAAAAUCUCUGAUAUAGAUCAACUCAUUCUUGCACUAAUAUUUAGAUCUGGGGUUAUUUUGGUCUAAAAUAAUGAACAUUCAUGAAAGUUUAGCCAUGUCUUUAUCAGAUAUAAAGACAUUCAUUAGUCACUAAUUUCUUUUGUUUUUUCGUUAUGAAUUAUUAAUGAGCUUUCGAAUUUGAAUUUGUAACCUCCAGUUGUUACCCCUAGUGUUAAGUUUCAUUAUUAUACAUCACACUCACUACGAAAAAUCUGAUUGGUCGAGAGCAUUCAAUCAAUUCACAAUAGCUCGUGAACUUGACAUGAUAAAUGUAAUAUCUGCUGCAGAUAUUGAAUUUAUCAUGUCAAGUUCAACUUCUGCCUGGUUACCAAGCCCCUUGAAGUGUUCUCCUCAGAAACAGAAUGGCUGAACACUUCGCUUCUGUUUCUGAGGAUGAAUUAUGUCAAAAAAUGUAUAAUAAAACAAUCAUUGAAUUCGGUUUUCGCAUGAUAUCAUGAAUUAUCAAAACCUUGUGUCUGUAUUAUCUGCCUCAGCCUUCGGCUUCGGCAGAUAGCACAGACCUCGGUUUUGAUAAUUCAUGAUAUCAUGCUCAACCUCAUCCAAUAAUAAUUGUUUAAUAUAAAAAUUUCAUUUGAAUUUUACAGAUAAACCAAGAUCUGUUUCUGGUGUCGCAGUGCUUGAUGGCCUUCUAUACAUCAUUGGCGGAUUUGACGGAAACAAUUAUCUUCAGGAUGCAGAUGUGUAUGACCCCGAGACAAAUUCCUGGACAUCAGUCUCACCACUCAAUGAUAAACGCUCUGCGACAAGUGUGGCAGUAAUGAAAGGGCGAAUAUUUGCCGUUGGGGGCUUUAAUGGUCAGUUUCUGUCAAGUGUGGAGGUGUAUGACCCUACAAUCAACCAGUGGAGUUAUGUAUGUGGUAUGUCUAUUCCAAGAGUCCACUUUGGUGCUACUGUAGUGUAGUGUAAAUAAAAUAUUGUGUAAAGCAGGGGUGUACUGUAAGAAAAGGUGUAGAAGGAAAGUAUUCCAUUUUAAAAAGCCUUUGUCGUUUUGCUUGGGUUCACUUGUUUGUGUGUGUGGUUUUUGCAUUGUUUAAUUAAAAAAUGCACAAUGUCAAAGAAAGUUUGACAGUACUUUAAUGCAUAAACUAGAAAAACGAUAAAAACAGGAG